UGUUCCGCACUGUCGUUGUUGGGAUUGUCGCCCUUCGGCGGCUGCGCGGUGGCUCGGCGUGCAGCUUGGCGCAGCUCUGCUGGAGUGUGUGCUCGCUGUCACGUCGCCCCACAACUCACGGAGUCACGGGAGACAUACAGAUGAGCAUCACAGAUCCACGUUAGAGCAGAGCAACUCUGGCAGACCAGAGGUCGAGACCUGUCUUCCCAGCCGGCUUCUGUUGACUUCUGCUGUUGGCAACCUGUGGGCCUUGACCGUGGGAUCUGUGGACAAGGGUCAAGUGUUGGUGGCAGCUUUGUUUACCUGAAGGAAUAUCGUCAUCAAUACAGCAUGCCGCUGGCUCGCAGCCUGUCCGUCACGUCCCUGUCAGGACUGGAGGAGUGGGACGAGGAGUUUGAUCUGGAGGAUGCUGUUCUCUUUGAGAUCGCAUGGGAGGUCGCCAACAAAGUUGGAGGCAUCUACACCGUCAUCCAGACCAAAGCCCGCCUGACCGCGGAGGAAUGGGGGGAGAACUAUUUCCUGGUGGGUCCGUAUGUGGAGAGCAACGUGCGCACACAGGUGGAGCUGAUCGAGCCCUCUGACCCUGCACUGAAGAGGACCAUCGACAAGAUGAACUCCAGCGGGUGCAAGGUCUAUUUUGGGCGCUGGCUGAUCGAGGGAAGCCCCUAUGUGAUCUUGAUCGACGUGGCCUUCACCGCCUGGUCCCUGGACACGUGGAAGAGCGAACUGUGGGACCUCUGUGACAUCGGUGUGCCGUGGUUCGACCGCGAGGCCAACGACGCCGUGCUUUUUGGCUUCCUGACAGCCUGGCUCCUGGGGGAGUAUGCGGCGCAGUGCGAGGAGCCGCCGCACAUCGUGGCUCAGUUCCACGAGUGGCUGGCGGGUCUCGGCCUGGUGUUGUGUCGGCAGAGGCAGCUGCCGGUGGCAACCAUCUUCACCACUCACGCCACGCUGUUGGGCCGGUAUCUGUGUGCUGGAAACGUGGACUUCUACAACAACCUUGCUGAGUUCAAUGUAGACAAGGAAGCAGGCGACAGGCAGAUCUACCACCGCUACUGUUUAGAGCGGGCGGCGGCGCACUGCGCGCACGUCUUCACCACUGUGUCACAGAUCACCGCUAUCGAGGCGGAGCAUCUGCUGAAGAGAAAACCUGACAUCGUCACUCCAAAUGGCCUUAACGUGAAGAAGUUUUCAGCCGUCCACGAGUUCCAAAACCUCCACGCUCAGAGCAAGCACCGCAUUCAGGAGUUCGUGAGGGGUCACUUCUAUGGACACCUUGAUUUCAACCUGGACAAGUGUCUGUUCCUCUUCAUUGCUGGACGUUACGAGUUCUCCAACAAGGGCGCCGAUAUUUUCCUGGAGGCAUUGGCGCGACUCAACUACCUCCUGAGGGUGAACAACAGCGACGUGACCGUCAUCGCCUUCUUCAUCAUGCCGGCGCGGACCAACAACUUUAACGUGGAGACACUGAAGGGUCAGGCGGUCAGGAAGCAGCUCUGGGACACUGCACAAACGGUGAAGGAGCGGUUUGGAAAGAAGCUCUAUGAGUCACUCCUCGUCGGACAGCUGCCGGACGUAUCGAAGAUACUGGACAAAGAGGACUUCACCAUCAUGAAGCGCGCCAUCUUUGCCACGCAGAGACAGUCUCAGCCUCCCAUCUGCACCCACAACAUGCUGGAGGACAGCUCCGACCCCAUCCUCAGCAGCGUCCGCCGCAUUGGCCUUUUCAACAGCUCCUCUGACCGCGUCAAGAUCAUUUUCCACCCCGAGUUCCUCUCGUCCACGUCUCCUCUGCUGCCCAUGGACUACGAGGAGUUUGUCAGAGGCUGCCACCUGGGCGUCUUCCCCUCCUACUAUGAGCCCUGGGGCUACACCCCAGCGGAGUGCACGGUGAUGGGCAUCCCAUCCAUCUCAACCAACCUAUCAGGCUUCGGCUGCUUCAUGGAGGAACACAUCGCUGACCCAUCUGCCUACGGCAUUUACAUUCUGGACCGACGGUUCCGUGGCGUGGACGAGUCGUGCAACCAGCUCACCUCCUUCCUGUUCCAGUUCUGUAAGCAAAGCCGACGGCAGCGGAUCAUCCAGAGGAACCGCACUGAGCGUCUCAGUGACCUUUUGGACUGGAGAUACCUGGGCAGGUACUAUGUGUCGGCCCGACACAUGGCGCUGGCUAAGGCCUUUCCUGACACCUACAUGUAUGUGCCCCAGGAGCCCACCUCGACUUCAGGCUUCCGCUACCCUCGUCCCGCCUCGGUGCCGCCGUCCCCGGCCCUGUCUCGCCUCUCCUCGCCGCACCACAGCGAGAACGAGAACGAGGACGAAGACGACGAGGACGAGCGCUACGAUGAAGACGAGGAGGCGGAGAAGGACCGGAUAAACAUCCGCCAGCCACAGAGUCUUCCGUACAAAAACAAGCUGUCUGCCGCCUCCAGUGUGAACGGCAGCAGCAACGGCGAAGUCAGCGACAAAAACUGACACACAGGGAAAUGUUCGACCUCACUAGUGACAUGCGGUUACUCUCCUGCACUGCGUUGUGUGCGAUAGAACUAUCGGUUUGUUGUGAGUUUCGUCGGCGUCUUCCCAGUCUACUUGAGAGAAAUGCGGUACUACGCCAGCUUUAUUUGAGUCACCCUCAAAGUUACACCAGCAGGUUGUUUCGCUUUACUGAGUCGCAAACCUCACAUCGCAGUGACUGUGUUUCAGACAGUACUAACACUGGAUGAAGGUAGUGUCAUAUAUUAACAGUAUAUACUUCAGUGACAGAUUGAAAAACAUCCUUGUUACCAGCGUGUCAUCAAAAAUAUCAAUAUUUCCGUUAUAGCCGCACUUUCCCCCAAAAAAUGUCAUGGACAAGAAAAUCCCAAAAGUGGUCAGACUUCAUGUUUUCAUUUUAUUUCACCGCCUUAUGUCACGGUGCUACUGUCAGGCUGAAGUGGAAGCUGGUGAUGGAGAUGGUUGGGUUUCAGACUAGCACUUGAAUACGUUUCUAUCCAUGUGGAACAAACAGAAACAGGUCUGUAGCUACACUCCAAGUGAGUUUUGUUGUUUGUUAUCAUCCAGAUGAAAUAAAAUGAGCAAAUGAA